AUGCAUUUCAUUUUCUCCAAUGAGGUGGUGCUUCUGUUUGAUUUUUGGAAUGUCCACAGUCCUGCAGGCAUGGCCCUUUCCGUGCUGGUGGUCCUGUUCCUGGCCGUGUUGUACGAAAGCAUCAAGGUUGGCAAAGCCAAGCUGCUCCACCAGGCUGUAGUGAGUGUGUCCGUCCUCUCCAGCCAGCAGCUCACUGAGGAGACAGACCAGGAUUCUUCAGCCUCAGACUCGGCCCCGGUCAGCAGAGCCCGCCUCAGGUGGUUUUUCUGUCACUUUGGCCAGUCGCUAAUCCAUGUCGUUCAGGUGGUCAUAGGCUACUUCAUGAUGCUGGCUGUCAUGUCCUACAACACCUGGAUUUUCUUCGGCGUGAUCCUUGGCUCUGCUGUAGGAUACUACCUAGCCUACCCACUUCUCAGCAUGGUUUAG